AUGGCGGGCGCGGGGCCGGGGGGCUACGCGGCGGAGUUCGUGCCACCGCCGGAGUGCCCGGUCUUCGAGCCGAGCUGGGAAGAGUUCACAGACCCUCUCAGCUUCAUCGGCCGCAUCCGGCCUCUGGCGGAGAAGACCGGCAUCUGCAAAAUUCGACCGCCCAAGGAUUGGCAACCUCCAUUUGCAUGUGAAGUAAAAAGCUUUCGUUUCACGCCCAGAGUCCAGCGCCUGAAUGAACUUGAAGCAAUGACAAGAGUGAGACUGGAUUUCUUAGAUCAACUAGCAAAAUUUUGGGAACUUCAAGGAUCUACUUUGAAGAUCCCUGUGGUAGAGAGAAAAAUCCUCGAUCUGUAUGCUUUGAGCAAGAUUGUUGCCAGCAAAGGAGGUUUUGAAAUAGUCACAAAAGAAAAGAAAUGGUCUAAAGUGGGUAGCCGCUUGGGAUAUCUUCCAGGAAAAGGAACUGGGUCUCUUUUGAAGUCACACUAUGAAAGAAUUCUCUACCCAUAUGAACUUUUCCAGUCUGGUGUCAGCCUUAUGGGUGUACAAAUGCCUAAUUUAGAUCUUAAGGAAAAAGUGGAGCCUGAGGUUCUUGGCACUGAAAUCCAAACUUCCCCAGAGCCGGGCACAAGAAUGAAUAUUCUGCCAAAGAGAACAAGACGUGUCAAGUCUCAGUCAGAAUCUGGAGACGUGAAUAAAAACACAGAACUGAAGAAACUUCGAAUUUUUGGGGCUGGGCCUAAGGUCGUGGGCCUGGCAAUGGGAACAAAAGAUAAAGAAGAUGAGGUCUCCCGAAGACGAAAAGUUACCAACAGGUCAGACGCAUUUAACAUGCAAAUGAGACAACGGAAAGGAACUCUCUCUGUUAACUUUGUUGAUCUAUAUGUUUGUAUGUUUUGUGGUCGAGGAAAUAAUGAAGAUAAAUUGCUUUUGUGUGAUGGAUGUGAUGACAGCUAUCAUACAUUUUGCUUAAUUCCCCCACUACCUGAUGUGCCCAAAGGAGAUUGGAGGUGUCCUAAAUGCGUUGCUGAGGAAUGUAAUAAACCUCGAGAAGCCUUUGGAUUUGAACAGGCUGUACGAGAGUAUACACUUCAGAGCUUUGGAGAGAUGGCAGAUAAUUUUAAGUCUGACUAUUUCAAUAUGCCAGUCCAUAUGGUUCCCACAGAACUAGUAGAAAAGGAAUUUUGGCGGCUGGUGAGCAGCAUUGAAGAAGAUGUUAUUGUAGAGUAUGGGGCUGAUAUUUCCUCAAAAGACUUUGGAAGUGGAUUUCCUGUAAAGGAUGGUCGGAAAAAGAUGCUGCCAGAAGAAGAGGAAUAUGCACUUUCUGGUUGGAACUUAAAUAACAUGCCUGUCCUUGAGCAGUCUGUUCUUGCACAUAUUAAUGUAGACAUCUCAGGUAUGAAAGUACCAUGGCUCUAUGUGGGAAUGUGUUUCUCUUCUUUUUGCUGGCACAUUGAAGAUCACUGGAGUUAUUCCAUCAAUUACUUGCACUGGGGGGAGCCAAAGACAUGGUAUGGUGUGCCAUCUCAUGCUGCAGAACAACUGGAGGAGGUGAUGAGGGAGCUGGCUCCUGAGUUAUUUGAAUCUCAGCCUGAUCUUCUACAUCAGUUAGUCACCAUCAUGAACCCCAAUAUAUUAAUGGAGCAUGGUGUGCCUGUGUACAGGACCAAUCAGUGUGCUGGAGAGUUUGUUGUGACGUUUCCUCGUGCCUAUCAUUCUGGAUUUAAUCAGGGCUACAACUUUGCUGAAGCUGUGAACUUCUGUACUGCUGACUGGUUGCCCAUUGGGCGUCAGUGUGUCAAUCAUUACCGACGGCUAAGGCGCCAUUGUGUCUUUUCACAUGAGGAACUCAUUUUCAAAAUGGCAGCAGAUCCAGAAUGCUUAGAUGUGGGGUUGGCUGCAAUGGUGUGCAAAGAAUUGACUCUGAUGACUGAAGAAGAGACAAGAUUAAGGGAGUCUGUUGUACAAAUGGGUGUCCUGAUGUCAGAAGAAGAAGUGUUUGAGCUUGUUCCUGAUGAUGAGCGACAGUGUUCCGAAUGCAGAACCACUUGUUUUCUCUCUGCUCUCACUUGUUCCUGUAAUCCUGAGCGGCUUGUGUGUCUGUACCAUCCAACUGAUCUGUGUCCCUGCCCCAUGCAGAAGAAAUGUCUUAGAUAUCGCUACCCAUUAGAGGACCUUCCUUCUCUUCUAUAUGGUGUGAAAGUCAGGGCACAGUCCUAUGACACUUGGGUCAGUCGAGUCACUGAAGCAUUAUCUGCCAACUUCAACCACAAGAAAGAUUUGAUUGAAUUACGAGUAAUGCUGGAAGAUGCUGAGGAUAGGAAAUACCCAGAGAAUGAUCUCUUCAGAAAACUCAGAGAUGCUGUCAAAGAGGCUGAGACCUGUGCUUCUGUGGCUCAACUGCUUUUGAGCAAAAAGCAGAAACACAGGCAGAGCCCUGAUUGUGGGAGGACUCGGACCAAACUGACAGUGGAAGAAUUGAAAGCCUUUGUCCAACAACUUUUUAGCCUUCCAUGUGUCAUUAGCCAAGCUCGACAAGUAAAGAAUCUGCUGGAUGAUGUGGAAGAGUUUCAUGAACGUGCUCAAGAGGCCAUGAUGGAUGAAACCCCAGAUUCUUCUAAACUCCAGAUGUUGAUAGACAUGGGCUCUAGUCUCUAUGUGGAGCUACCUGAAUUAGCACGACUAAAGCAAGAGCUACAGCAGGCUCGGUGGUUGGAUGAAGUAAGACUGACUCUAUCAGAUCCACAACAAGUCACUUUGGAUGUCAUGAAGAAAUUGAUAGACUCUGGGGUGGGGCUGGCUCCCCACCAUGCUGUGGAGAAAGCAAUGGCUGAACUACAGGAGCUCCUUACAGUUUCUGAGCGAUGGGAAGAAAAGGCUAAGGUCUGCCUACAGGCAAGACCACGGCACAGCGUGGCAAGUUUAGAAAGCAUUGUAAAUGAAGCUAAGAACAUUCCAGCCUUUCUACCCAAUGUGCUGUCCCUGAAAGAAGCCUUACAGAAGGCUCGAGAAUGGACAACUAAAGUGGAAGCUAUUCAGAGUGGUACCAACUAUGCUUACUUGGAGCAGCUGGAGAGCUUAUCUGCUAAAGGGCGUCCUAUCCCUGUGCGUCUUGAUGCAUUGCCCCAGGUAGAAUCACAAGUAGCAGCAGCUCGGGCGUGGAGAGAACGGACUGGGCGGACCUUUCUUAAGAAGAAUUCUAGCCAUACGUUGUUACAGGUGCUAAGUCCCCGAACUGACAUUGGUAUAUAUGGGUGUGGUAAAAACAGAAGGAAAAAAGCAAAAGAACUAAUAGAAAAAGAAAAAGAAAAGGAUCUGGACCAUGAGCCACUGAGUGAUCUGGAGGAAGGAAUGGAGGAAACCAGAGAUACAGCCAUGGUGGUGGCAGUUUUCAAAGAACGAGAGCAAAAAGAGAUUGAAGCCAUGCAUUCCCUCAGAGCAGCCAAUCUAGCCAAGAUGACAAUGGUGGACCGCAUAGAAGAAGUAAAAUUUUGCAUUUGCCGCAAGACAGCCAGUGGAUUUAUGCUGCAGUGUGAGCUCUGCAAAGACUGGUUCCAUAAUAGCUGUGUUCCCCUGCCUAAGUCAAGUUCCCAGAAAAAAGGGUCUAGUUGGCAGGCUAAGGAAGUAAAAUUCCUUUGCCCUCUUUGUAUGCGGUCUCGAAGGCCAAGGCUAGAGACUAUUCUAUCACUACUAGUAUCCCUUCAGAAGUUGCCUGUACGAUUGCCUGAAGGAGAAGCCCUACAAUGUUUGACAGAACGUGCUAUGAGUUGGCAGGAUAGAGCCCGGCAGGCUCUAGCCACAGAUGAACUGUCUUCUGCCCUGGCCAAACUGUCUGUGUUGAGCCAGCGUAUGGUGGAGCAGGCAGCUCGAGAAAAAACUGAAAAGAUCAUCAGUGCGGAACUCCAAAAAGCAGCUGCCAAUCCAGAUUUACAGGGACACUUACCUAGUUUCCAGCAGUCUGCUUUUAACCGGGUGGUGAGCAGCGUAUCUUCUUCCCCUCGACAAACAAUGGAGUAUGAUGACGAAGAAACAGAUUCUGAUGAAGACAUUCGGGAGACAUAUGGCUAUGACAUGAAGGACACAGCCAGUGUGAAGUCCUCCAGUAGUCUGGAACCCAAUCUUUUUUGUGAUGAAGAAAUUCCCAUCAAGUCUGAGGAGGUGGUCACUCACAUGUGGACAGCUCCUUCAUUCUGUGCAGAACAUGCUUAUUCUUCUGCUUCUAAGAGUUGUUCUCAAGGUUCUAGCACCCCAAGGAAGCAGCCACGGAAGAGCCCUUUGGUGCCCCGAAGUUUAGAACCUCCAGUGUUGGAGUUGUCACCUGGAGCUAAAGCCCAGCUAGAAGAACUUAUGAUGAUUGGAGAUCUCCUGGAAGUAUCUCUAGAUGAAACUCAACACAUAUGGCGGAUUUUGCAGGCUACACACCCACCCUCUGAAGACAGAUUCCUGCAUAUCAUGGAGGAUGACAGCAUGGAGGAGAAACCAUUAAAAAUAAAAGGAAAGGACUCUUCAGAGAAGAAAAGGAAACGGAAGCUAGAAAAGGUAGAACAACUUUUUGGAGAAGGAAAACAGAAGUCCAAAGAAUUAAAGAAAAUGGAUAAACCUAAAAAGAAGAAAUUAAAAUUAAGUGCAGAAAAAGCAAAGGAGCUGAACAAACUGGCCAAGAAACUAGCAAAAGAAGAAGAGAGAAAGAAAAAGAAGGAGAAGGCUGCUGCAGCCAAAGUUGAACUUGUGAAAGAGAAUACUGAGAAGAAGAGAGAAAGAAAAGUGCUGGACAUCCCCUCAAAGUAUGACUGGUCAGGAGCAGAGGAAUCUGAUGAUGAGAAUGCCGUGUGUGCAGCACAAAACUGUCAAAGGCCUUGCAAGGAUAAGGUAGACUGGGUACAAUGUGAUGGUGGCUGUGAUGAGUGGUUUCAUCAAGUUUGUGUGGGAGUAUCUCCAGAAAUGGCUGAAAAUGAAGAUUACAUUUGUAUAAACUGUGCAAAGAAGCAGGGGCCAGAUAGCCCAGGUCAAGCAACAGCUCCUUCCUUCAUAAUGAGCUACAAACUACCGAUGGAAGAUCUUAAGGAGACCAGUUAG